AUGGGCGCGAUCCGCCAGCGGUUCUCGCGCGCGCAUCGCGCGCAGUGCGCGCGCGCGGUGAUUCUGUCGCUGCUCUGGGCCUGCGCGAGCUCGAGCUUGAUCUUCCUGAACAAUCAUCUCCUGCGCGAGCGCGGGUUUUCGUACCCGAUGAUGCUGUGCACGAUGGGCAUGUUGAGCUCUUGGUUGAUCGCGUGCGCGCUGGUGCACACGGGGCGGGUGAAGUUGAAGCACGAGGCGGUGGUGACGCGAAGGUGGUACGCGAGGCACAUCUUACCCAUCGGGAGCUUGGGCGCGGUUUCACUCGGGUUUGGGAAUUACGUGUACUUGUAUCUCAGCGUUAGUUUCAUACAAAUGCUGAAGAGCGCGGUGCCGGCGGUGACGCUGGUGGUGAUGACGACGGCGGGGCUGGAAAAGUUGCACGGGACGACGCUGCUGGGCGUCGGCAUCGUGACGCUCGGCACUUUCAUAGCGGCGUACGGGGAGGUGAAGUUCAGCGCGAUUGGAGUGGUGAUGAUGAUAGUAAGUGAAUUCGCGGAGGCGAUAAGGAUGGCGUUUUAUCAGUACGUUCUCGGGAAUUUGAAGUUUGAUUUGAUCGAAGGCUUGUAUGUGAUGGGACCGGCGGCGUUGCUGUUUCUCGGACUCGGAAUCGUGAUGUUUGAGCUGAGAGACUUUUUGGAUAACGGAGCGUGGUACAUCCCGAUGGACUCGCCGCACCAUUUUUUCGCCGCGGCGCUACUGGGCUUUGGAGUGAAUUAUUUGACACUUGGCGUUAUCAAGGCCACAAGCGGGUUGACGUUCAAAGUCAUGGGCCAGGUCAAGAACGCCGUGGUCAUCCUGCUCGCUGUCGUCAUCUUCGGCAAUCCCGUGACCAGUAUUCAACUGUUUGGUUACACGUUGUCGUUAGUUGGGUUUUUCAUCUAUCAGCGCGGGAAGUCUCAACAGCUCGUCGCCGCAAUUCGAGACCGAGACGCCGCUUCUGCCAAGGAAUGA